CCAUAGGACUCGGCUUCGCCUCCGCUCGGAGCCGCCGCCAUGGGCAACAUCUUCGGGAACCUGUUGAAGAGCCUCAUUGGGAAGAAGGAGAUGCGGAUCCUCAUGGUGGGGCUGGACGCCGCCGGCAAGACCACCAUCCUCUACAAGCUCAAGCUGGGCGAGAUCGUCACCACUAUCCCCACCAUAGGCUUCAACGUGGAGACAGUGGAGUACAAGAACAUCAGCUUCACCGUGUGGGACGUGGGCGGGCAGGACAAGAUCCGGCCCCUCUGGCGGCAUUACUUCCAAAACACCCAGGGGCUGAUCUUCGUGGUGGACAGCAACGACCGGGAGCGGGUGAACGAGGCGCGCGAGGAGCUCAUGCGGAUGCUGGCGGAGGACGAGCUGCGGGACGCCGUGCUGCUCGUCUUCGCCAACAAGCAGGACCUGCCCAACGCCAUGAACGCGGCGGAGAUCACGGACAAGCUGGGGCUGCACUCCCUGCGCCACCGCAACUGGUACAUCCAGGCCACGUGCGCCACGAGCGGCGACGGCCUCUACGAGGGCCUCGACUGGCUCGCCAACCAGCUCAAGAACAAGAAGUGAGCGGCGACGGCCGCCCCCCCGCGCCCGGCCGCCCCCCCUGCCCGGUUCUGCCCCUCCUCCGGUUUUUUUUGGGGUUUUUUUUUCUCGCUUUUUUGGGGUGCCGGCGGCCUCGGGGCUUCGCCUCUUCCUUCAGGGGCCCCCCUGGAUCUCGUG